AAGGUGCCUCCGAAAGAGCUUUCCUUUGCUUGCUUCCUUCUACCUGGGCCCAGCUGUGGUUGGCUUGGCAGUUGGUUGGGCAGCCCUCCGCCACCCCUGGGAAGUGGGAAGAGGCUGGCAGGCAUUCGGGGCUCCCAACCGGGGAGGAGGAGUCCCUUAGCUGGGCACGAUGUACCAGACCGAAACAGAUUUGAUGGAGGUGAUCCAGGGUCCUUCCCCAACCCCCGAGCUGUCCCCUGCAGCUUUUAUCAACGCGGUGCAGUACGCUAACGUCCUGGAGGGCAGGUUCAAGCAACUUCAAGAUGAACGAGAAGCGGUACAGAAGAAGACGUUCACCAAAUGGGUCAACUCUCACCUGGCCCGGGUCACCUGCCGCAUCAGCGAUCUGUACAGCGACCUGCGAGAUGGACGCAUGCUGCUGCGUCUCCUGGAAGUGCUCUCAGGGGAGCAAUUGCCCAAGCCGACCAAGGGCCGAAUGAGGAUCCACUGCCUGGAGAACGUAGACAAAGCCCUCCAGUUUUUAAAGGAGCAGCGGGUCCACCUGGAAAACAUGGGCUCCCACGAUAUUGUGGAUGGCAACCACCGACUCACGCUGGGCCUCAUCUGGACAAUCAUCCUCCGUUUCCAGAUCCAAGACAUCAGUGUGGAGACAGAGGAUAACAAGGAGAAAAAGUCAGCAAAAGAUGCUCUUCUGCUUUGGUGCCAGAUGAAGACAGCGGGGUACCCAAAUGUGAAUGUCCAUAACUUUACCACAAGCUGGAGAGACGGUCUGGCUUUCAACGCAAUUGUCCACAAACACAGGCCAGAUCUGAUAGACAUUGAUACCUUGAAGAAAUGUAACGCACACUACAAUCUCCAGAAUGCCUUCAACGUGGCUGAAAAGGAGCUCGGCCUCACCAAACUCUUGGAUCCUGAAGACGUGAAUGUAGACCAACCUGAUGAGAAGUCCAUCAUCACAUACGUGGCCACCUACUACCACUAUUUCUCUAAGAUGAAGGCCUUGGCUGUGGAAGGGAAGCGGAUUGGAAAGGUACUGGACUAUGCCAUUGAAGCUGACAAGCUCAUAGAAAAGUACGAGACUCUGGCCUCAGAUCUUCUGCAGUGGAUUGAACAGACUAUCUUGACCCUGAAUGACCGGAAGCUGGCUAACUGCCUGAGUGGAGUGCAGAACCAGCUGCAGGCCUUUAAUACCUAUCGCACGGUGGAGAAGCCAGCCAAAUUCACGGAAAAGGGGAAUCUUGAAGUUCUGCUCUUCACCAUCCAGAGUAAAAUGAGAGCCAACAAUCAGAAAGUUUACACACCGCGGGAAGGGAGGCUGAUUUCCGACAUCAACAAGGGUUGGGAGCGUCUGGAAAAGGCAGAGCACGAAAGGGAGCUGGCUCUGCGCAAUGAAUUGAUUCGACAAGAGAAACUGGAACAGUUGACGGCUCGCUUUGACCGCAAAGCAGCCAUGAGAGAAACCUGGCUGAGUGAAAACCAGCGCCUUGUCUCCCAGGAUAACUUUGGCUCAGAUAGUUCAGCCGUGGAGGCUGCCGUGCGCAAACACGAAGCCAUCGAGACAGACAUUGUGGCCUACAACGAGCGGGUGACGGCUGUGAAUGCCGUGGCCGAUGAGUUGGAGGCAGAGGGCUACCAUGACAUCAAGCGGGUGCUGGCACGCAAGAAUAACGUGGUACGACUCUGGGACUACCUCCGCGAAUUGGUGGCCGCACGUCGCGAACGUCUCCUGCUCCAUUCUGAGCUGCAGAAGAUACUUCAGGACUUGACCUACCUCAUGGACUGGUUGGAAGAAAUGAAGGGUCGCCUCCAAUCUCAGGACUUUGGGAAACAUUUGCAUGGUGUGGAUGACCUGCUUCAGAUCCAUGCUCUGGUGGAAGCCGACAUUGCUGUCCAGGCCGAACGGGUAAAAGCCAUCAGUGCUGCCACUCAACGUUUUGCCACUCCUGGAGAAGGAUACAAACCCUGCGAUCCCCAACUUGUGGAAGAGCGAGUGGCAACGCUGAACCGGUGCUAUCAGGAACUGGUGGCCUUGGCUGCCCAACGCCGUGCCAAGCUGGAGGAGUCACGCCGCCUCUGGAAGUUCUUCUGGGACAUGGGGGAGGAGGAGGCUUGGAUCCGCGAACAGAGCCAGAUUCUCUCCUCCGAUGACUUUGGCAAGGACUUGACGAGCGUGCUGCGCCUUAUCAGCAAGCACAACGCUUUCCGUGAUGAAAUGACGGGCCGGGCUGGGCCAUUGCAGCAGAGCAUUGCUGAGGGUCGCCAGCUGGUAUCCGAGGGCCACUUUGGAGCUACUGAGGUGGCUGAGCGGAUCCAGGAAAUUGAAGAGCAGUGGGAACAGCUGGAGGCUCUGUCAAGCAAGCGAGAACGGCGUCUUCUCCAAGCCUCCAACCUUUACCAGUUCCAGGCUGAUGCCAACGACAUGGAGGCCUGGUUGCUCGACACUCUCCGCUUGGUCUCCAGCUCGGACAUGGGCCACGACGAAUACUCGACCCAGAGCCUAGUCAAGAAGCACAAGGACGUGGAGGAAGAGAUUCACAACCACCGGCCGGCCCUGGAUGCCCUCCACGAGCAGGCCCGCAGCUUGCCCGCCAACUUUGCCCAUUCCCCCGAAGUGGACGGGCGCUUGCCUGCCUUGGAGCAGCGCUACGAAGAACUGGUGGAACUGGCCAAGCAUCGCAAACAGGCCCUGCAGGAUGCCCUUAAUCUUUACAAGAUGUUCAGCGAAGCCGACGCAUGCAGCCUUUGGAUCAGCGAGAGGGAGUACUGGAUCGAAACGAUGGACGUGCCAGAGAGACUGGAAGACCUGGAAGUGGUCCAGCAAAGGUUUGAGACCCUGGAGCCAGAAAUGAAUAACCUGGCCUCUCGCAUUGCGGCAGUCAACGAGAUUGCAAGCCAACUUUUGGGCGCCGAUCACAGAAACAAGGAAAGCAUUCAAGCCACCCAGGAACAGCUCAAUAUUCGGUGGCAGCAGUUCCAGUCCUUGGCCAGCCAAAAGAAGGAGGCCUUGACCUCAGCCCUCAGCAUCCAGAACUACUUCUUGGAGUGCAACGAAACCAAGGCUUGGAUGCGGGAGAAGACCAAGGUGAUCGAAUCAACGCAAGGCCUGGGCAACGACCUAGCAGGGGUGAUGGCUCUGCAGCGCAAGCUGGCUGGAAUGGAGCGGGAUCUGGAGGCCAUCCAGGGCAAAGUCAGGGACUUGCACGAGGAGGCAGACCGGUUGUCAGCCCAGCACCCGGAACAAGCCGCUGCCAUCUCCAGCCGGCUCGCCGAAAUCGAUGGGACUUGGGACGAGCUGCGGGGAACCAUGCGGCGUCGCGAGGAGUCCCUGGGAGAAGCCAGCAAGCUCCAGGGCUUCCUGCGUGACCUGGAUGACUUCCAGGCGUGGCUCUUGCGCACCCAGACCGCCAUUGCCUCGGAGGACGUCCCGGCCACCCUGCCAGAGGCGGAGCAGCUGCUGAGCCAGCACGAGACCAUCCGCAACGAGGUGGAGCAUUACAAGGGCGACUACCAGCGAUUGCGGACCAUGGGGGAAGAAGUGACGCAAGGCCACACCGACGCCCAGCACAUGUUCCUUCAGCAGCGCCUUCAGGCCCUCGACACGGGCUGGAACGAACUCGGGCAGAUGUGGGAGAACCGGCACCAGCUGCUUUCGCGGGCUUACGGCUUCCAGGUCUUCCUGAGGGACACUAAGCAAGUGGAAGGAGUGCUCAGCAACCAGGAAUACGUAUUGACUCACACCAGCAUGCCCAGCUCUCUCCAGGCUGCGGAGGCUGCCAUUAAGAAACACGAAGAUUUCAUGACCACCAUGGAAGCCAACGGGGAGAAGAUCAAAGGCCUUGUGGACUCUGGGCGGAAACUCAUUCUGGAAGACAGCCUGCACUCUGACAAGAUCCAGGAGAAGGUCAACUCUAUUGACAGUCGACACAGAAAAAACCAGGAAGCCGCUCAAGAUCUCCUGGCCCGGCUCCGGGACAAUCGAGUCCUUCAACAUUUCCUGCAAGAUUGUCAAGAGCUCACUCUGUGGAUCAACGAAAAGAUGCUGUCAGCCCAGGACAUGUCCUAUGACGAAGCCCGAAACCUCCACACCAAGUGGCAGAAGCACCAGGCCUUCAUGGCGGAGUUGGCCUCCAACAAAGGCUGGCUUGAGAAGAUCCAAAAGGAAGGGGAGCAGCUGGUGUCAGAGAAGCCUGAAUUGGAGCCCGUGGUGAGGGCCAAACUGGAUGAACUUCAGAAACUCUGGCAAGAAUUGGAAUCCAGCACCCAGAGCAAGGCUCGUUGUCUCUUCGAUGCCAACCGGGCCGAGCUCUUCACUCAGAGCUGCUCGGCCCUGGAAGCUUGGCUCAGUGGCCUGCAGGCUCAGCUACUCUCUGACGACUAUGGCAAGGACCUGACCAGCGUCAACAUUUUGCUCAAGAAACAGCAGUUGCUGGAGAACCAGAUGGACGUGCGGGAGAAAGAGGUGGAAGGACUGAAGUCUCAGGCAUUGGCCCUCAGCCAGGAGGACUCCAACACAGUGGAAGUGGAUGGGAAAUUACGGUCAGUGGAGGGAAAAUUUAUGGAUCUGAGAGCGCCACUGCGGGAACGUUGCGAGAAGCUGCUGGCCUCCAAGGAGGAGCACCAGUUCAACCGUGACCUGGAGGAUGAAAUUUUAUGGGUGAAGGAAAGGAUGCCCAUGGCCGUUUCCACUGAUCAUGGCAAAGACCUCCCCACCGUCCAGCUGCUGAUUAAGAAGAACCAGACUCUGCAGAAGGAGAUCCAAGGUCACCAGCCACGGAUCAACGACAUCCUGGGGAGGUGGCAGGGGCUGGCGUGCAGCGGCCUGGAGGCAGAGCUACAGGGCCGGGUCGAGACGUUAGAGGAGAUAUGGCGGGAACUGCAAGAUCAGGUGGACCAGAGGCGCGGACGGCUGGAGAAAGCCCAAAUGGCCCAACAGUUUUACUUUGACGCCGCCGAAGCCGAGGCCUGGAUGGGUGAACAGGAGUUGCACAUGAUGUCAGAGGAGAAGGCAAAAGUAGGUCUGCCAACUUAAAAUGAGGAUCGCUCGGUUCAAUGAAACUAUAGUUUAAGGUUUGGCUUUCAUUUAUUUAUGUUUCAAUAUACAUGUAUAGAUACAUUUUUCUGACUAAGCU